AUGGCGCAGAGCAACCCCUGGAAUAAGAGCCCUUGGGGCACUCCGGCUCAGGCACCAGCUGCCGCACCCGUCUCGCUCGCGGCGGUGGCCCAGGAGCAAAAGGACGAGCGAGUAGCACAUGACAUGGAUCGUCACUUGCGUGACACAGAAGCCGAUGAGCUACAGCGUGCAAUUGCCGAAAGCGCGCGUGAGGCGGCUUUCUUACAAGAAGCCUUUGAAGCAACCAGCACAGAGGCAACUGCUACCCCUGUUCCUGCAACAGGGGACGAGGAAGACCCGGAUCUUGCCUUGGCACGCAAACUACAGGAAGAGGAAGAUGCGAUGGCGCGGUCCAACAGUCAAAACGGGGCCAGCAGCACAGCUGCUUCGACCCCGGCUGUCAACCCCGAAGAGGAUCUGCAGUUUGCCAUGGCCUUGCAAGCCCACUUUAAUGCAGAGCAUGACGAGCACGUUCACAUGGCCCAACAAAAGGCCAACCUGACCAACAGCCAGAAACUGACUGUUUCCUUCGAGCGCUACCUCAGCCCAUACCCUACCUUUGUCGAUCAAGUUGCCCCCGAUCUCACGGAUGAGCAGGAGGAGGAUAACUGGGACGACAGUAUUGAUGAAGCUGUGUAUUACCACAAACAAACUCGCACCAUGCGAGACAUGAACAACAAGAUUAUCACCAAGCACAACCCUAUUGUCAACGGCCGUAAGAAUCGCCAACGAAUGGAGUCACAGUUCCCCAUUGGAUUUGCCAGCGGGGACAUGAAAGCGCAUGGCAAGGAUCUCAAGAUUAACAAUGCCGUGUUCAACCACCUUCGCCGGUUUGCCCAUCGUGAGGAGCGUCACACCGCACGCGUGCAUGAAAAGAAGGACCACUCGACCUCGGUCAUGGCCAUGGACAAGACGACACGCCUUCUUCUCUUCAAGCUCCUCAACCGAGGCGUGUUUGAACAAAUCAACGGUGCCAUCAGUACCGGUAAGGAAGCCGUCGUUUUCCAUGGAGCAGCACACAUCGACCCGGAGGAUUUGACCUCGGAAGUGACUGAGGUGGCCAUCAAGGUUUUCAAGACGACGUUGACCGAGUUUACCCAACGCCAGCAGUUUUUGCACGGUGAUCGGCGCUUCGAGAAUCGCGUGGGUCGCCAGCCGGCUCGCAAGCUGGUGCGCGUGUGGGCAGAGAAGGAGAUGGCCAAUUUGACUCGAAUGCAUCGCCAAGGCAUGAACUGCCCGCGUGUUGUACUUCGCAAACACCAUGUGCUGGUCAUGUCCUUUAUUGGACAGGACGGUCACUCCGCACCCAAGCUCAAGGAUGUGCGAUGGUCUCUGAAGCGUCUGAACCAAUGCUUUCACGACACGUUGGAGCAGAUGGCACUUAUGUGGCAGCAAUGCCGUCUGGUCCACUGUGAUCUCAGCGAGUACAAUAUUCUGUACCACGAAGAGAAGCCUUGGAUCAUUGAUGUGGGUCAAGCAGUCGAACCUCAGCAUCCACGUGCUUUUGAGUACUUGUUCCGUGACUGCCUCAACGUCUACGAGUUUUUCGAGCGGGCUGGAGCUACGGAGCUCGUGUCGCCUGCCGACAUGUUUGCACAGUUGACGGGCGAAGCCAUCAGCGAGGAAGCCCAAGCCGAGUUUAAGCACAAGAUUCAAUGUGUGAGCCGAGGUGCCAUGAAGACACAUGAGCUGCAGUCAGCCAUGGCAGACUCAAGUAACGUCGUCUUCACGCCUGCCGACCAGCUCCCGUCGGGUUUAAUGGUGCACAAACAGGCCGAGAUGAGCGGCGACCACGGCGAAGGUGCCAAACUUGAGCUUGAGCAGAGCGAUGCGGAGGAGGAUCAAGAGGAGCAGGAUGUCGAAGAGGGCGAGGAUAUUGAUUCUGAUGCUUCCGAGGACGAUGCCGACUUGAAGCAAUUCUUGGAACGCGUAGACAGUGAUUUGGCUGUUCAGCAGUCCAGGUCGGGUGCCACUUGCGACGCGUCGGCACAAUCGGCUGCUGACGAUGUCUCCGUUCAGUAGAUUUUGAUGGUUUUUUUGUUGUUGUUGUUGUUGGAAACAAAGACUGACUGGCUGUACCGCCCUGACGGUAUUGUUGCUCGUGGCCUGCCUACACGUGGCUGUUGUAAUUGCAUUACCAUGGCCAU